GAAGGUCAAAUUGAGAAGUUAUGCAAACAAAAGGCAGAGAUUCAGAUUGAGUUGAGUUGAAUAAUGGAAGAAUUUCUUUCCCAACUGAUAAAAAAGGUGUAAUUCUGUGUACUGACUUCGGUGAUAAGAUAAGGAACCAAAUACUGGAAACCAUAAGUGCUAACUGCUAAUUAUGCUAAUCACUAAUAAUAAGCUGCCUGAUAGGAGAACUCAUAUAACUUAUGCAAUAUAUAAUUUAUAAACAUCUACAACUAUAACAAGAUAGAAAGAAGCUUUUUAGUGUUUAGUGAAACCAUACCCUACCUGAAUCUGUGCCUGAAUUUGAGUAGGAAAGUAGGUAUAUAGUAUGGAUCUUCCGGAAACAUAUAUUCCUGGUUUUCAUGAUGAAAAAUCAGUGAGGAAAAUGAGCUACAGAAAAUUGGGAAACACAGAUAUACAUGUUUCUAUGAUAUCUCUUGGAACUGGAGGAUUUUCUUAUUUCUAUGGUGAUUUUGACAUAGAAGAAUGUAAAAAGACUGUUCAUCAGGCAAUUAUAAAUGGCAUUAACUUUAUCGACACUGGACCCUGGUAUGGCCAUGGGGUAGCUGAAGAAAUCCUGGGAAAGUGUUUGGAAGGAAUUCCAAGGAAAGCCUACUAUUUGGCUACUAAAGUUGGUAGAUAUGAAAAGAAUCCAAAACUGAUGUUUGACUUCUCCAGUAAGAAAACACUAGAAAGUAUUGAUGCCUCACUGAGAAGACUGAAAUUGAGUUAUGUAGAUAUUUUACAGGUACAUGAUAUAGAAUUUGCACCUAAUAUGGAAAUCAUUCUUACUGAAACUUUACCAACCAUAGCAGAUAUUAUUGAAUCUGGAAAGGCCAGAUACAUAGGUAUCACAGGUUACCCUGUUUCUACACUUGUAGAAUGCAUAGAAAAAAGUCCCAUUCCUAUAAGCACAGUUCUCAGUUACUGCAGAUUGACUAUGAUAGAUGGUACAUUGAAAGAUUUCAUUUCUGUUUUGAAAAAAAAUGGUGUUGGCAUCAUCAAUGCAGCAGCUAAUUCUAUGGGACUACUUAGCAACUUUGGACCACAAGAUUGGCACCCAGCAAGUCAAGAAAUAAAAAAUAUUUGUUCACAAGCUAGAGACUUGUGCAAGCAAAAUGAUGUGGAAUUAGGAAAGCUGGCAGUUUAUUAUAGUUUGCAACAAAAAGGUCCAGAUACAGUACUGAUAGGAAUGAAUACUAGAAAAUUACUACAGUACAAUUUGAAUGUUUUGAAUGGACUCACAUCACAAGAAAAAGAAAUUUAUGAUAAAGUUCUCAAGAUGUUUGGAGAGUUAUCAGUAAUACAUUGGGAAAAAGUUGAACUUGAGCAAUAUUGGCAAACCCUAAGAGGUGAAAGGAACAGCACAGGUUUCUUCAAAUAAUGUUAGAAUAUAUUCCAAUUUGUUAACUAAACAUGAGUAUAUACCAUUAAAAAAUAUAUAAAGUAAUUAUUUUUGAUCACCUGAUUUUGAAAAACCACUAUAGCCAAGUCCUAUCAUUCUCUUGAUCAUAAUUUUUCAACAUUCACAUAGUGUAUCACAGUUUUUUGACCUAAAGGUCAGUUUUGGGACCUAAUGACAAUGGUAUAGCAGCCAGUUCUGUCCGUAAACACAAAAAUUCUCCACAAACACACAUGAGAGUUGCACAAGCAACAUUUAAAGCCCACCAUGAAAAAGUUGUUGG